AUGGCUGACGUCGGUACCGAUUCCGGAAAUCUUUUCCGUCUAAAAGACGUGCUCACUUAUUUCGCCGCUGUCAAAGGGGACCUGUCAAACGUCACUGCCCCUCCUUUCAUCCUCGCUCCCAGAUCAGCCAUUGAGAUUCCCGCUGCUUGGGCUUGUCAUCAUGAUCUCUUUCUUCAACCUGCAGAUGAACCUGAUGCUGGAGUGAGGGCCCUCUUACUGGCAAAGAAUUACAUCUGCAGUCUCAAGCAGCUCGUCAAUGCGGAUUCCCCGGAUGCGGCCAAGAAGCCAUUGAACCCGUUCCUUGGUGAACUGUUCCUCGGCUCAUUUUCCGACAAGUCUGGUUCGAAAUCGGAACUGGUCAUUGAGCAAGUAUCGCACCAUCCGCCUGUCACAGCAUGCUCUGUAUAUAACAAAGAGCGUGGUAUGUCAUCGAUUGGCUUCGCGGGUCAGGAAACAUCCUUCAGCCUGGUCAAUGGCGUCACCGUACGUCCAACAGGAUGUGCAAUUAUCCAAGACCAUAAGCAUGAUGAGCAAAGUCUCAUGACGAUGCCAACAAUAUUGGUCAAGGGCGUGACGACCGGGAACCCAUAUCCAGAGAUGGAGGGUCCAGCUUACAUUGCCAGCUCGAACGGCUACUUGACGAAAAUCGGAUUUCACGGCAAAGGAAGACUUGGGUAUGGUCAGAAGAAUCAGGUCGUCGCUGAAGUAUUUGCUCCGAAUGACAAGAAUCAUCCGCUAUAUCGCAUUACAGGCCAAUGGACUGGCGAGAUAAAAGUUGAAGACUCUUCAAAGACGACCCUCGAGGAAUUCCACGUCGACAAGAUCCCAAUCUCACCUCUCAAGGUCGCGCCCGUAGAGGAGCAAACGCCAUGGGAGUCACGUCGGGCUUGGUUUAAAGUUACGCAAGCUAUCAAGCAACACAACAUCGAAAAGGUAUAUGCUCACAAGAGCACAUUGGAAGAGUCGCAAAGAAGGCGACGAGUUGAAGAGGAGAGGACGGGUAAGAAAUGGAACCGCCUGUUCUUUACUCAAAUACCCAAUGGUGACGAGACGCUUGAGUCCUUGGUGUCAAAGGUUCCUGAGAAAUUAAGUAUACUUGAUUUUACAAAGACGGGUGGUGCUUGGAAAUUUAUUGGGGCUGAUAAAGCGGAGGAGGUGAAACGGCAUUUAAGCCGCGACAGUUUACCAUAG